AGAAAGAGCGACAGAGCAACAGAACAGAGAAGAGCAGCAGCCAGCGACGAACCAGAGGGGAGAAGAAAGAAAGAAGUCAUGGACCCGGACAUGGGCGAGAACUUCGCAUACUACUGGGAGACGCAGCGCUACCUCGAGUCGGAGGAGCUCGUUGACAGCAUCUUCGUCGGGGCGACCGAAGACGCCAUCUCGUACUACGACUCCAGCUCGCCGGACGGUUCCCACUCGUCCUCGACGCCGAUGGGGGCGGCCAUGCCAGGGGCGGGGAUGGGGAUGAGCGGUACUGGGGCGAACAAGAACAUACUGAUGGAACGCGACCGCCGCCGCAAGCUCAAUGAGAAGCUCUACACGCUCCGGAGCGUCGUGCCCAACAUCACCAAGAUGGACAAGGCCUCGAUCAUCAAGGACGCGAUCGAGUACAUCCAGCAGCUGCACGCAGAGGAGCGGCAGAUGGAAGCGGAGGUGUCCGCGCUCGAGUCCGCCACCGGCGCGGAGGAUGACUACGACGGCGGCCUCUCCGUGGACCAGGUCUCCUCGGCGCAGAGGAAGAAGGUGAAGCGCGCUCUCUCGGUCUCGUCCAUGAACGACGCGCUGCUCGCCGCGGCGGCGGCGGUGGCCUCGCCGCCCGUGGAGGUCCUGGAGCUGCGCGUGUCGGAGGUGAGCGAGAAGGUGCUGGUGGUGAGCGUGACGUGCAGCAAGCAGCGCGACGCCAUGACCAAGGUGUGCCGCGCGCUCGAGGAGCUCCGCCUCAGGGUCAUCACCGCCAACAUCACCUCCGUCUCCGGCUGCCUCAUGCACACCCUCUUCGUCGAGGUAGAUGAGAUGGACCGCUUCCAGAUGAAGGAGGCGGUGGAGGCUGCUCUCUCUCAGCUUGAUUCUACGGGGAGCCCGCCGCUUAGUUCGAUGAGUUAUUAGGGAUCACUGGUACGGUCACUAGUCGCUGGUCACCUAAUUUCACCUCACCUAGUCUCUCUGUUGCAAGGCUAAUAUUAUAUACUCCCUCCGUUCCUAAAUACUUGUCUUUCUAGGCAUUUCAACAAGUGACUACAUACGGAGCAAAAUGAGUGAAUCUGCACUUUAAAAUAUGUCUACAUACAUCCGUAUGUAGUAGUCAUUUGAAAUGUCUAAAAAGACAAGUAUUUAGAAACGGAGGGAGUAUAUCUUAUGUAAUGUAUGCCAGAAUUUUGCACCUUUUUUUGCUACACCCGUUUAUAUGUGUGGAUGGAGGUGACUGCUUUUUUCGUACGAGGCAAUAACUCAAGGGGUACAUAAAUAGGCUAGGUGUGCUCUGGACCUCAUGUGUAAAGGUCUUCAUGAGCAUUGCAUGAUAUGCUUCUGGACUAUGACAUAUCUAUGGUGAUAAAUAACAAGGUGAUUACUUUAUAUGAGCGUUUAUAAGAAAUGUAGUGGCAAUUUUUCUUGCCGUUCUCCAUGCAAAAAGUAAAAUAAAAUAAAAUAGUUCUUGGA